AUGUCUAAAAUCACAGUCGCCGGAGUGCGUACCAACGUCCAAGAGCUUCUCCAAUACUCUCUCGAAACCAAGAAGAGGAACUUCCUCGAAACCGUCGAACUCCAAAUCGGCCUUAAGAACUAUGAUCCCCAACGUGACAAGCGUUUCUCUGGAACCGUCCGCCUGCCCGUCGUUCCGCGCCCCAACAUGAGCAUCUGCAUUCUAGGUGACCAGCAUGAUAUCGAUCGUGCCAAGCACGGUGGAAUCGAUGCUAUGUCCUCUGACGACUUGAAGAAGCUCAACAAGAACAAGAAGUUGAUCAAGAAGCUUGCCCGCAAGUACGAUGCCUUCGUCGCAUCCGACACGCUCAUCAAGCAAAUUCCUCGUCUCUUGGGUCCUGGUCUUUCUAAGGCUGGUAAAUUCCCUACCCCGGUCUCCCAUAACGAGGAUUUGAGCGGCAAGAUCAACGAAGUUAAGUCGACCAUCAAGUUCCAGCUGAAAAAGGUCCUGUGUAUGGGUGUGGCUGUUGGCAAUGUCGGCAUGACUGAGGACCAGUUGAUCUCCAACAUUAUGUUGGCCAUCAACUACCUUGUGUCUCUGUUGAAGAAGGGAUGGCAAAACGUGGGAAGCUUGACUAUCAAGGCUUCCAUGUCUCCUCCCAAGCGCAUCUUCUAG